AUGCCGCACGUGCGACUGCUCGGCGGAGGAUGGUGGCCUAACUUGGCGGGUUUCCCGUUCAAACUCGUUCUCGCCAAGUGGGACAAAUUCGGCACGGUCAACCCUGAGGCAGCCAUCGAGCAGCUGCAGCAGGAGCUGGCAGCCAGCAGGGAGGAGCAGGAGCUCAUCAAAGCAGAGGCACGGCAGGCAUACGAGGACCAGGUGGCCCUGGUGCGAAUGGCGCAGUCCCAGGUGGAGGCAUGCGAGGAUGAGCUGGCAGCGCGCAAUGCAGAAAUCGAUGCCCUGCAGGAAAGGAUAGCGCAGCUGGAAGACGCCAGGGACGGCGCUGAGGCAAGGGCGGCCGCAGCGGUGCAGGAGGGCCGCCAGAAGCUGGCGGAGGUGCAAUCAGAGACCGGCGCCGCACGCGCAGAGGCCACCAUUGCGGCCGCGCGCAUGCGGCAGGAGUGCGAGGAAACCAUCGUCGCCGCCCGGGCUGCGGCCGACGCUCAGGCCGCACGCGCGGCCGACAACGCACAGUCAGCCGCCGCCGAGUGCCGGCGGGAGGCCGAGGCAGCGGCCGCCGCCGCCCAUGCCGACUGCAUGCAGGCGCGGCGUGAGGCGGAGGCCGCCCGGGCCGAGACGGCCGCGGCGCGGUCGGCCGACGCGGCGGCCAUCGCCACGCUGCAGGCUCGGCUGGAAGAGCGGGGGGCCGAGCUGGCCGGCGCGCAGGCUCUGGCAGAGCAGGCAGCUGCGCGGGCCGAGGCGGCUGCGCAGGAGCGGGAAAGGAACAAAGAGCAGGUGGCGGAGCUGAGCGCCAAAAUUGUUCAACUCCAGGAGCAGACCAGCCGAUCUGAGCAGGCGCGGCAGGCCAGCACCAGUGCUUCCGCUGCCGCAGCUGCGGCCGAGGCCCUGGAGCGAGGCAACCUGGCGAGGGACUAUGAGAAGCGGCUGCAGCGCAUGGAGCAGGAAUGCGCUCACCGGAUCAGGGCUGCCGAGCGCAAGAUGGCCAAAGGGUUGGAGGAGGCGCACCAAGAGGCGGCGAGGCAGGCGGGCGAGGUGGCGGGUGAGUGGCGGCUGCGGCUGGCGCAAGCUGAGGAGGCCCACCGUGGUCUGCAGGCUGACCUGGCCGCCCAGCUGGACACCCUGCAGCAACAGCUUCAUGCCCAGCAGGGGUGGGAGGCGCGGCUGGGGGAGGCGGGCAGCAAGUGGGCUGCGGAGAAGGAGGCGGCUGAGCGGCGGGUGAAAUGUUCUGUAACCCAGGAGCGGGCGAGCUUGGAGGCGCAGGCGGCGAAGGCGCUGGCGCAGGCGGAGCUGGAUGCUGGCAGGAAGGAGGCGCGAUGGAGGGAACGCUGCACGGUUGCCGAGGCUGGUGCCAACGAGACGCGCGCCGACAUGGAGAGGCGGCUGGCGGCCCUCGCGCACAAGCUGGCCGCCGCCGCCAAGAAGGACGAGAAGCGCAAGCGCGCCAAAGGCGAGGCGGCGGCCGCGGUGGCGCAGGCGCGCAGGGCGGAGGCGGCUGCGUUGGCGCGGGCUGGGGAGUUGGAGUGCGCGCUGCGGGAGGCGGCCGCCAUGUUCAAGGCCGAGCUGGCUGUCAAGGCCGCCGAGAUGGACGCCCUGCAUGCCGAGCUCGGGAGGCUGAAGGAGCAGCAGGCACGCACGCUGCAGGGAGUCAGCCAGAGGACCUGCUCCUGCUGCUCCAAGGCUGCAGGGCCCCUGGAGGCCGUGCCCAAGCCCCUGCGCAGCCCAGUCAAGAUGUGGAUCUCGGCCGCCGUCGAUGACAGCGAGGUGACUAACCCCAUGCACCCUGCCGACCCCGAACUUACGGAAGAGGUGGAGAUUUAUGGGCGGGACAGGAGCCCUGCGCACAGGAGGGCGGCGGCUGAUGGGGCUGCUGGGAUGGACAGCCCCUGGAUAGAGCGCGAGCUGCAGACGCUGCGAGCCAUGUGCGAGAGCAACCGGCGGGACCAGGAUCAGGAGCAGGAUCGGAGCAGGAAGCAUUGGGGGCCGACAAAUCAGAAGCGUUUGCCGGUUCACCGCCAGCCAACCAUCACAUGA